CCCUCGAACCUUGGAAACCAAUAACCAUGUCGACUGAAAUUGAGAACAAGAAGCUAAAUCUGACGAGCUCCGACGGAGAGGAAUUCGAGGUUGAUGAGGCUGUUGCUCUUCACUCUGAGACCAUCAAGCACAUGAUGGAGGACGGCUGCGCCGAUAAUGCCAUUCCAUUGACCGGCGUCAUCCUUGCCAAAGUCAUCGAGUACUUAAAGAAGCACGCUGAGGACAAGGAAGGCAAGGAUCAGAAGAAGUCUCUCAAGAGAUUCGACGCCGAUUUCGUCGACGUCGAGCUGUCCGUCCUGAUUGAUCUGAUAUUGGCAGCAGAUCGUCUGAAAAUCAAGAAGCUGUGGGACUUGACAUGCCAGACUGUGGCGGACAUGAUCAAAGAUCCUGGUGAGAUUUUCAAACUCAAGAAUGACUUAACUCCUGAAGAAGAAGAAGAAGAGGUUAUUCGAAAGGAAUACCAAUGGGCAUUUGAGUGA